AUGGGUCGCAGAAAGAUUGAAAUACAGCCUAUAACGCAUGAACGAAAUCGUUCAGUAACCUUUGUUAAGCGAAAAUUGGGUCUCAUGAAGAAGGCUUACGAGCUGGGUGUUCUUUGCUCGGUCGAGGUCGCUGUUAUCAUCCUCGAAGAGCGACCGGGACAAGAGCAAAAGCUCUAUCAAUAUUGUUCAGGCGAUAUUCGCGACAUGAUAGCACGCCACACCGAACAUGAUGGAGAAUCAGACACCAAAGGUCCCUCUGAUUUCUCAGGUGUCGCGGACAAGACAGAAGAUGCUAUAGGAGAAGAUGAAGAGGAGGCAGAUGAAGAAGAGCCUCCUCCACCUCCACCAAAAAAGAAAGCAAAGCCUAGCAAAGAUGAUAUGGAAUAUAGAGGGAGCGGGAGUAUGGCCAUCCCAAGUCCACCUAUCUCAAUUCGUAAACUUGCUUCGACCGCCAGCAAGGUUAAGAGUAGCAUCUUGGCCUCGUCUGAUCAACACCCUGCCCGGCCAACAAGAAAUGGCAGUAGCAAAUCAACUGCGUCGGCCCCUCCUGCAAAAAGGCCACGACUUGCGAGAUCACCGCCACCGAAACGAGAAGAUACAUCAGAAGACGAAUUACCUCCACCUCGGCGGCCCAGACGUGAACGACGGGCAUCAUCGCUCUCGCCACCUCCAGGUAUCGGAGGUAUAGGCUUAACUCUACCACCUCCAAGUUCUAUGGCGACAAUGUAUAAUUACCCACCCGUUCCUCCUCCACCGUUGUCUCGUUAUGGCGGUGGAUAUGGCGGGGGACCUCUGCCUGGCGUCGGUGGGUACCACAAUCCACCAAUCCUGGAGCUUCCCGGUCCGGGUCAUUUCUCCGGACCGCCGCCACCGAGAGCUCAACGAGCCAGCUAUGGCUCUCAGUAUGGUGUUGAGUGGCCAAUUCAUUCUCACCCACCACCUCCGCCGCCAUCUGGGCAGCCUUCCACUGGCAGCACAUCGGGCGAUUACACAGCGAGCUGGCUUGAUUAUCUUUCUGCAGUGCCGCCACCUUCAACUACUGCGUCAGGUCCAAGCCCGGGCUUUAGCUUCGAGGGGAUCGUAGGAACUGGUGUUACACGAAGUGCUUCGACAACAUCUUGGGAACGGGGUGGCUCUAAACGGCCCGCAUCGGCUGCAGAGAGCUUAUCGGGGUCGGAAACUGGCGCAGGGCGCGAGGACAAUGACUAG